GUUCAAGGUCCUGCAAGGUCUGCUGAGGACUGAAUUCAAGGGCAUGGCAGCCGAGGAUAAUGUGAUUGACGAAGAGUAUGAGCUGUACAAUACCUCUGAUAAUUGCCAGCUUGUCAGGAAAGAGGGCUGGUCUUUAGUCCGCCCUGGCUCUAAGAUAUACAUGGCUAUGGUGAUACCACAGCUUCAGUGGGAGAUUGGAACGUGUCCCCGGCCGAGCUGCAGACGGGCAAUUGAUACAGAGAGGGGGAAUCUCCGAGCUUGCCCACACUGUGGAUUGCGGUUUCUCUUUUUCGACUACGCCGGCGAUACACUCGACGAAGGCUCGAGGGUAUCCCAACUGCAAAGCGAAGAAGACUAUGCGCUAUUUGGAGCUAGGAAACCAUUUGUCGAUACGUCAGCCACCGUGGAACGCCAGAGCAGCCCUAUCAGCUCAAUAUAUUCUGGCAACAGCUCAAGUGCGCCGCUUGACGAGAUCCAGAUAUCCGGCCAUCAACCACAGAGUCUCAAUUCAACGCCCUUGGAUUCCUGGCUCACACGCGUAGAGCCCCCGAAUGUCCCAGUGGAGCCUGUCUAUGAGCAUAUGCCAGCCAAGGACGCAGAGAAAGCAGAGGGCCAACAACUAGAAGAGUUCAAAAUCAUUUCGAUCAAGGCCAAUCCGAUCCCAAGAUCGGAGUUCCCUCGAGCAGAUGACGGCCCCAGUGUAGCAGAAGCUGACGGCUCUGAGGACAUGCCCUUUGCUGCUCGUAUCUACUACAGAAACAUCCUGGACAGGUUCCCGCGUCUCUCAGGGUGCCUUGCGCGACGUUGCGCGAUGGCAAAUCUGCGUCGAGCACAGAGACUUCAAAUGGCUCGUGGGGGAACAGAAGAACGAACAGAUAAUGUCCGAACAGAAGAUAUCGCGGCCGAUCCGGUUCUUCGUUCAAAUCCUAGGGACGGAUCUUCAAAUGCCCCAGCACUGUACAAUUCGCCGAUAUCCUUGGAGUCUUCAGGGCGCGUAUUGCAAUCGUUCAAUUCAGAUUCUGAAGACGACGCCUCGGAAGAAUUUCCAGUUGAACGCUUAUUCCGGAGGAUACUCUUGGGGUCUUCAGGGCGCGUAUUGCAAUCGUCCAAUUCAGAUUCUGAAGACGACGCCUCGGAAGAAUCUCCAGUUGAACGCUCAUUCUGGACUGGCAGAGAAAGAAGUCCCAGACCGCAUUCAGAUUCCGGCUCAUCGAGUAUGAACAGCUCGCUGCAAAGUGAGGAUCCCCCGGGCCAAAGAUCCGAUAGCUCGUCAGCUUCUUCUUCCAUUGAACGGCCACUGCCCAACAUGGUGUUACCGCCGCCACCAGUGGAAUUAGGAAGCCAACAGUCCUUGGUUUGCGAUAUCUGCGGAAAGGUCGUGCACAUUGUCCUGCAGAGAGAGUGGAGACCUACAGCCAUACAUGUGCUCCUUCGAAGACUGUGACACGGCAGGCAAGCUAUACUCAACCCGAAGGGCGUGGUUUGCUCACGAAGAGAAGCGGCAUAGAGCCCCAGCCAGGUACCGUUGUCCUGAGACAUGCGAAGCAAAGUUCAAUAGCGUUGCUGCAUGCCAGAACCACCUAAGGAAAGUUCAUGGGUUCCGAAAAUGGCAGAUUCGUGAUCUGGAUAUGACGGAGAUGGAGGAAGGCCCGGCAAUGCAGCACUCUUCCUAUUGCACAUUUUGCGACAAGCACCUAGCAGAGGAUA